GGUACUCCAAAUGGAAAUGCUUGAGCACAAGUGUGAUUGGGAAAUCCUAGAGAUUGUCAAAAACUAGAAAUUCGAAAAAUAUUUGUAUGGCAUAUGAAUAUGUACAUAUGUAGACAGCAUUGGUACUUUGGCAUUUUCUCCUCUUGUAAUAUUAGUGUUUAGCAAUUUUUGCAGGGCUGUAGGUGUCCAUUUUGAGCUUGAAACUGUUGUAGCUGACAUAACAAGAAUCAAUUUCACGAACAGCUAAUUACCAGCAUUCUAUAUCAAUUUUCUUUCACAAUUGGCCCCAUCUCACCCCACCAUAUGGGGAUCCAAAUCAGCGGCUAGUUGUACUUCCCAAAGCUGUUGGUAGUGGUGGCAGGACAUGAACCAAAAGAUCUUGGAGAUUGAUGCUUGUUUCAUUUCAUUAGAAAUGGAAGUUAAAGAUGCAGAGAGAAUGGUUAUAGCCAAACCAAUUGCUUCAAGACCUUGUUCCAGCUUCAGGUCCUUCUCAGAGCUCCUUGCAGGUGCCAUUAAUGCCUCACCUCCUUGUUCAUAUUCUGAAACGGUAGUGGCUGCUAUCAGACCCAAGACAGUGAGGUUCAAACCAGUGGCAAAUCAUGGUUUGGGUGGUGAGGUGGUUUUAUCUCAGGGAGAGGUUUCUGAAGCGGCAGUUCAUAAGUCAUCUGAUAAGGUUUCAGAACAAAGCAGCAAACCUACUGUGGUAUACAAACCUUUGGCAAAGGUUGUAUCAAGGACAACUGCAUCUCUCAUGUUGAAUCAGGGAAACCUUGACAUCAUUCAUCAGAAAGCACUAGCACCAGUGCAGCCACAGUUUCAACAUGAAGACCAAGCAAAAUGCAAUUCUGAAAGCCAUAUUACUUCAAAUCUUAGUCAGAAAUUAAAAUCACAAAUGGAAAUAAACCACAUAAGUGAGUUGUCAAAGAUGACAUUGCAUAACUUGGAAGAUAAUCAGAAAGGUCUACUGCCUACGAAUAGUGGGGAUCGACUUUCUUUUGAUGGAUAUAAUUGGAGAAAGUAUGGUCAAAAGCAAGUGAAAGGAAGUGAAUACCCUAGGAGUUACUAUAAAUGCACUCACCCAAAUUGCCCUGUGAAAAAGAAGGUUGAGCGAUCAUUUGACGGGCAGAUAGCAGAAAUUGUCUACAAUGGUGAGCACAAUCAUUCAAAGCCUCAGCCUCCUAAACGCCCCUCAUCAGGAACACAAGAGCAUGGAUUUAUUUCUGACGGGACUGCCCAAGAUAACAGCAAUCCCUUAUGGAGUAACACUCUUAAUGAGCUUAAUGAAGGAUCUGAAGGUCAUAUCGAGAAUCCGAGUGAAGUAGGCCUAUCAGUCCAUCCUAUUUAUCCGUGCAAAGGUCUAGAUUCUUAUGAUCCUGCUGCAAGUAGAGCAUUUAAUAGUGGUGUUGGAACUCCUGAUAAUUCCUGUGGUCUUAGUGGGGAUAUUGAGGAUGGAAGCAGGGGAGUUGAUGCAGAUGACGCUGAACCUAAGUAUAAGCGGAGAAGUUACUACCGAUGUACUAGUCUCAAAUGCAAUGUGCGCAAGCACGUGGAGAGGGCAUUAGAUGAUCCUAAAGCUUUUAUCACAACAUAUGAAGGAAAGCAUAACCAUGAUAUGCCCAUGACUAGGAAUGUGAAUCCAGUGGCCUCUAACCCAGAUUCACUAGCCCCUGCUAACAAAUCCAAAAGGAAAUAAAUUAGAAUUUGGCAAUUGAAGCUGCCAAACUGUGGCAGGAAAAGUUCAAGAGCACCAUAAAUAUAAUAUUUUCUCCACUGAUGGUUUCCUACAAACUACAUGGGGACUUGGUUGAGCUAUCAGAUGUCCUCCCAUGUUUUAGUUCAAUAUCAAAACACUUUUCUCUGUAAAGAUUUUCUUUCAUGAUAGUGGUUUUUCUUGCAGCUAAAA